UGAUAUCAAGGACUAAAAACCACCAAUCAAAAACCAUGAAUGCUAAGAGAGAAAAGGGAGAGUGCUUUGAAAAUGGGAAAGUUUAGUUCAAGUUACAGUACUUCUGAUUUUGUUCACUUUGGAGUUCUACUUCCCUUUCUUCUGUUAUCACAGUUGUUCUUUCAACUUGCAUGGUGUGGCUCCAUAGUAAAGUUCCUUCCUGGAUUAGAGGGACCCCUUCCUUUUGUUCUUGAAACCGGGUAUGUGGGAGUGGGUGAAUCAGAGGAUGUGCAGGCAUUCUACUACUUCAUUGAGUCAGAGAACAAUCCAAAGGAGGAUCCUCUCAUGCUUUGGCUCACUGGUGGCCCUGGUUGCUCAGCUUUCUCUGGCCUUGUCAUUGAAAUAGGUCCAAUUGCAUUUAAAAAUGAGGAAUACAAUGGGAGCCUGCCCAAUUUGGUCUUGAGGCCACACUCAUGGACAAAGGUUAGUAGCAUUAUAUUUGUAGACUUGCCUGUUUCCACGGGCUUCACUUAUGCCACAACAGAGUUUGCUACUCAACGAAGCGACUGGAUACAAGUUCACCAAGUCCAUCAAUUUCUUAGGAAGUGGUUGAUUGAACAUCCAAAUUUUUUGUCAACUGAUGUUUACAUUGGUGGCGAUUCAUACUCUGGCAUUACUAUUCCAGCAAUUGUUCAAGAAAUUUCUCUAGGAAAUGAAAAAGGGCUCCAACCAUGGAUAAAUCUCCAGGGAUACCUGCUGGGGAAUCCAGCAACAACUCGAAGGCAUGAAAACUAUCGAAUCCCCUUUGCUCAUGGAAUGGGACUUAUUUCUGAUGAACUAUACAGGUCACUGCAAAAAAAUUGUAAAGGAGAGUACAUAAAUGUAGACACCAAAAAUGUAUUAUGUUCUAGAAAUAUCGAGACAUUCAAUGAGGUUACAUCAGGACUUAGUAUGGUCAAUAUUUUGGACCCGUCAUGUGAUUGGCUUGAUACUGAAACAUCUUGGAGGAGAUCUCUACUUAAGAAAUAUCCGAGAAAGAAUUUCCUUAAUACUCAUCUCAAAUUGCCAUCCUUAAACUGUCGGAGUUAUGCAUACUUCCUCUGCGGUUAUUGGGCCAAUGAUGAUAGUGUUCGCAGUGCACUGCAUAUCCGUAAGGGAACUAUAGGAAAAUGGCGUCGCUGUACCUUCAAUAUACCUAACAAGGAGGACAUCUCAAGCAGCUAUGAGUAUCAUGUAAAUCUCAGUAGAAAAGGCUAUCGUUCACUGAUAUACAGCGGGGAUCAUGACAUGAAAAUUCCUUUCUUGGAAACUCAAGCAUGGAUAAGCUCUUUGAACUAUUCCAUUGUGGAUGAUUGGAGGCAAUGGCAUACAGAUGGCCAAGUUGCAGGAUACACAAGGACUUACUCCAAUCGUAUGACAUUUGCCACCGUGAAGGGAGGAGGCCACACAGCUCCGGAGUACAAGCCUGAAGAAUGCUUGGCCAUGUUCAGGAGAUGGAUAUCUAACAAGGCUUUGUAGGAAUAACUAAUAAAACUCAUGUUCUCUCUUGGCAAGAACUAAACUUGGCAUACUUUGCAUAAUAAAGCCACAGGGUAGAUUAUUCACUAAUAAAAAAUAAAUUUGUGUGUCUUUGUCAACCAAAAAUACAAAACUGUAUGAAUAGGAUUUGUUCCAAGUAGAUUUUAAAAUAUUCAACUAUGUAAUGCUUUGGUGUUGGGAUUUGCC